AGGCCCAAACAGGUAGAAGAAGGGGGGCUGCGAAACGCUGCGUUUCGCGUUUUCUUCUCCCUCCAGCAUAGGUUUUUGCAGAGUAUUCUACACCUGCAUAUUCACUUCUUCACAAAAUUACCGAUCACCACGUUUCUUCUUCCACCAAAAUCUCGCCCUAUUGCGAUACGAUCUCAGCAGUUACGAAUUUGAGGUAUCAAUCGAUCCUCUGGCGAUAAUUUGCUUUCUAAACCCCGCCAUUGUUAUAGCAGAUUUGGGUAUUAAGCAAUGGCAAGGGCAAGAGACAGAACCGAGGAUUUCAAAGAUGCUGUUCGACACAGUGCUCGAUCUUUGGGGUAUGAUGAGGCUAAGUUGGCGUCAGUUAUGGCAUCUUUCAUUAUUCAUAAACCUCCACAAAGAUCGCCGUUUUCAAAAGCUGCACUGAAGACGGAGCGAGAUAGUAUUGAACAUGAAGUUAGUGUUUUUGUUAAAACUUGUCAGGAACAAAUUGAUGUUCUCAAAAAUAGUAUAAAUCAAGAAGAGGAAACAUCAAAAGGAUGGCUUGGCAUCACAACGUCAAAGGCUAAUGCUGACACCAUUGCCCACAAACAUGGGGUGGUUCUAAUCUUAAGUGAGAAACUCCAUUCAGUUUCAGCUCAGUUUGAUAAGCUUAGAGCUGUUCGUUUCCAAGAGGCCAUUAAUCGAGCAAUGCCACGAAGAAAACUUAAUCGCCUAACCAAGAAAGAUUCUAUAGAAACCCCUAAAUCAGAUGACGUGGAGCUCAGAGAACCCAGUGAAUUACACAAUGAGCCUCUAAGAGUCCAACAACAGCUAUUGGAUGAUGAAACACGCGCACUUCAGGUGGAAUUGUCCAAUCUUCUAGAUACAGUUCAAGAAACUGAAACUAAGAUGGUGGAAAUGUCUGCAUUAAAUCACCUCGUAUCUACACACGUUUUGCAACAAGCUCAGCAAAUUGAGCAUCUGUAUGAGCAGGCUGUUGAAGCUACUAAGAAUGUUGAACUUGGCAACAAAGAACUUUCCCAAGCCAUUCAGCGGAAUAGCAGCAGCAGAACAUUUCUUAUACUUUUUCUAUUUGUGCUUACAUUUUCAGUUCUCUUUCUUGAUUGGUACAGUUAAAUGUUCAGAGGGUAAGUGUAACUAUGUUAUAGUGCAUUCUCCUUCCCCACUCCCAUUAUUCCUUAUUAUUGUGGAUAUCUGUAUUUUCCCACCAUAUAGGCCAUUUUGUUGUUA